CGGACGCUUCAGAGACCGAAGCGGUGAAGCGGCUGAAGCGUCCACUUUAUGUUGUGGGCUGUUUUUUGAAAGGUUAACUUUAAUAAAAUAAUAAGUCUAGGUCCCAAUUAAGCGGACGCUUCAGAGACCGAAGCGGUGAAGCGGCUGAAGCGUCCGCUUUAUGUUGUGGGCUGUUUUUUGAAAGGUUAACUUUAAUAAAAUAAUAAGUCUAGGUCAAAAUUUUAAUACAAUAAUACAUCCAGGUCAAAAUCGUAAUAAAAUAAAAAGUCUGGGCCAAUUUUAAUAAAAUAAUUAGUCCAGUUAAUUGAAAUCCUCAGCGCCACUUUGAGACAUUUUAUUUGCACAAUCAGCUAGGGUUUUGCAGCAGCUCUUCUUCUCCACUUUCAGGUAAUUUCUUUCCUCCUUCUUCUUCUUCUUCUUCUUCUUCUUCUUCUUCUUCUUCUUCUUCUUCUUCUUUCAAGCUCUCUUCUUUGCUCUGUUUUUUUCUCCACAUUUUCUCUGUUUUUUUUUUCUCGAAUUAUAGGGUUCUGCUCUGCCUUUCUUCUUUCUUUCUUUCUUCUUCUGUUUCUUCUUCUUCUUCUUUCAAGCUCUCUUUUUUGCUCUGUUUUUUUCUUCACAUUCGUUCUGUUUUUUCUUUCUUCUUUUUUGCUGCUGAUUUUUUCUGCUCUGGUUUGCUGCUAUAUAUGCUCUGUUUUUAGUUCUGCCUUUUUCUUUCUUUUCCAGUUCUGCUUUUUUCUUUCUUUUCCAGAGUACUUUUUCUGCUUUGUUUGACUGUGUUCUCUGCUGAUUUUGUAUCAAAAAAAUAUUUGCUCCUGAUUAUUUUUCUUAAAUCUUAACAGCAAUUAAAAAAUGUCCGAAGACCCGGCUUGGAAGUAUGGGAAAAAACUUAGUGAGACCAAUCGAACUGCAGUUAUGUGUUUGUUUUGUGAUAAGAUAACUAAAGGAGGAAUCUUUCGCCACAAACAACAUCUUAUUGGUACCUUUAGCGAUGUUGCACGCUGUCUAAGAUGUCCGGAGAAUGUGAGGGAAGAAAUAAAAACAUAUGUCGAAGGAAAAAAGGAACUAAAACGUCAAAUGUUACAUCAACCAACUGUAACUAAUCUUGACGACGACGAUGAUGAAACAGAAAAAGGUGAAGCUGUUGAUUUGUCCGUUCGUUCAAAAUCACAAAAACGGACAACUUAUGGACCAACCUCCAGUGUGAAAGGUCCUUUAGAUUGCUAUUAUCAACCGAAGCCAACUGAUAAUGCAGGGACAAGCAGUAAAAAAAAAUUGAAAGACACCGCUUUACGGCUUUUGAGGGAGCGUGCAGUUGCGGCUUUUUCACGAUGGAUGUAUGAUGCAGGGCUCCCCUUCAAUUGUGUCAACCAUAUUGACACUUUUGGAGCCUUCCUUGAUGCCGUAGGCCAUUAUGGUGUUGGAAUGAAGCCGCCUACGUAUCAUAAAGUUAGUACCUCCUAUCUAGCUAAAGAAGUGGAAGCGACACAAAAAAUAGUGGAGGAUCAUCAGGUAGAAUGGAAGCAUUUCGGAUGUUCCAUUAUGAUGGAUAAGUGGACGGCAAGAACGGGAAAAAUGAUCAUUAAUGUGUUGGUGAAUUCUCCAAAAGGAAGCUUAUUUCUUGAAUCUAUUGAUGCGAGUGACUCGUCUACUGAUUCCAUCAAGAUGUUCUCCUUGUUUCAGAGCACCGUUGAGAAGAUUGGACUAGAGAAUGUUGUUCAAGUUGUUACCGAUAAUGCAGCUGAAAAUGUUAAAGCAGGUGCUAUGUUGAAGGGAAUGUUCCCGAACAUCUAUUGGACUCCAUGUGCAGCUCAUUGUAUAAAUUUGAUGUUCGGGGAUAUUUUCAAGGAAAGACCCUUUAGAGGAGUUUUCACUAAGGCUGUUAGAGCGCAUUCCUACAUUGUUCAAAGGCCUUUGUUGUUGAACAUGAUGAGGAGAUUCACAAAACAAAAAAACUUGGUGAAACCUGGCAAAACUCGAUUUGCUACUGCUUUCUUGACCUUACACCGUAUGCAUAUACAAAAGGCCAAUUUGAGAAGCUUGUUCAUUUCGGAUGAAUGGAACAAUAGUAAAUUUGCAAAAGAAGUCAUGGGGAAAGAAGUUGCACGCAUAAUGAUGUCUUAUACUUUUUGGAAUAAUGUUGUUCAUGCUCUUAAAAUUGGUGGGCCGUUGAUUAAAGUACUUCGUUUGGUGGAUGGAGAACAAAAACCACCCAUGGGCUACCUUUUUGAAGCUAUGGAUAGGGUUAAGGAGUCUAUACGAAAAUCAUUUAGUGACCCACAUAAGUAUGCAAAGGUCUUUGACAUCAUUGAUAAAAGGUGGGCGGAUCAACUUCAUCAACCUUUGCAUGCCGCUGGGAAUUUGUUGAACCCAUCAAGCUUUUAUGAUAAUAAUGAGAUGCGAUUACUAAAUGCAAAAGUGACGAAGGGAUUCUAUGAGAGUGUUGCUAAGUUGGUUCCCAAUAUAGAUGAGCAAGAUCAAAUAGGGGACCAACUAAGUGCUUAUACUAAUUCUGAAGGGACCUUUGGGUUUCCAAUGGCUAUAAGACAAAGAAAGAAGAAGUCUCCAGUUGAAUGGUGGAGGCUUUAUGGUGGAGACACUCCAGAAUUACAAAAGUUUGCCAUCAAAGUUCUAGGUCUAACUUGUAGCUCUUCCGGAUGUGAGAGAAACUGGAGCGUUUUUGAACAUGUAAGAACUAAGAAGAAAGAUUUAGUAUAUUGAGAUAACUAAUUAUAUCUCAACUCCUAUUAAUUACUUGCCACAACUUAUUUGCAGAUUCAUAGCAAGAAGAGGAAUAGACUAACCCUAAAACGCCUCAAUGACCUAGUGUUCAUAAAAUAUAAUAGAACAUUGAGGCGUCGUUACAAUGCUCGCAAUGUAAUUGAUCCAAUUGGUUUGGACAAUAUUGAUGAUGCCAAUGAAUGGCUCACCGGGGUUGAGAAUGCUGAAGAUGAAGCAAUUUUUGAGGGAGAUUCUGAUUUCCCUUUCGGUGUUGUUGCCGAGGCAAUGGGGGUAGAGGAGAACCAGUAUGGUUUAAGGGGGAAUACUUCAAGCCAACGUAGGAGGGGAAAAGAAGUAGCUACAAGUCAUUCCCUAGUUGAUGAAGUUGAAGAAGAUGAUAAUGAAAUUGAAGAAGAUGAUGAGCAAUAUGGUGAUGAUGUGGGAGUACAAGAUUUUGACAAUCUUGUAGAAGAAUAAGAACUAGAUGUCGAACUAUUAGUAGCUUUGAUUUUGUUUGUCCUAUGGUCUGGAGGAUUUUGUGAUAUCCACUUUAGUUUUUUAUUUGAAAUUUUAGUCUAUGGAUAUCUACUUUAGUUUUGGAUUUGAA